CAUAUCCUCGCUCUCUUUCGCUCACCGAACCAAACCAAUCAGUGCAACAUGCGCUCUGAGGGCGGAAAUACAAUGGCGGAAAAGACAGACAUGAAUGAAAGAGCUACAUCGGAGUGUAAACACGACCAGAAUGCAAACCAAAUGCCCUUAAGUGGAAAGCCUGCCGCUACGUUCAGCGACAGUUUCACUGCUCUUAUCAUAUCGCUAACUGAUUUUGGUUCAGAGCUUAAGGUUGGACCAGCCGUGUUGAGCAUCACUGCCGAUGUGAGCCGGGCUGAUAUGCAGGCUCUCCAGCCCACUCACAUUUAUGCCUGCCUAGAGCGACACAUUUCAAUGCUUCAGAUAAUCGCAGCAGACCUAAAGCUGUUGAGUGAGAGAGAGCCAAAAUCAAGGCCCCAGAGGAGGAGAAUGAAGUUUCAGUCGGCCAUGCAGGUGAGAAGGCUGCUGAGACUGUGGAGGAGAUGGUCAUGGACUCAUCAGAUCAGUCGACACAUAUCCCAUUGCCCAGCUAACGACCUGAGCACAUCUGCUAAAACACAGGUGGACGAUCAUAUUGUGCAAAUCAAGGCUGGUAAGGCAGAGAUUGAAAGGAGAAUAUCUGCAUUUAUAGAGCGAAAGCAGCUGGAGAUCAAUGAAAAUAAUGUGCGUGAGUUCUGCAACGUGAUUGACUGUAAUCAGGAGAACAGCUGUGCUAGAACGGACGCAGUCUUCACACCAUAUCCCGGCUUCAAAAGUCAUGUCAAAGUCACACGUGUUGUGAACACCUACGGACCGCAGAGCAGAGCAGAGGCCGGGGUGGAGCUCCGAGAACAUCAGCAGGGUGGGCUCCCCAGGAACUGGAACUCUGCCAUCGAGGAGAGGCUACAGAAUAUGGAGUCACACUUAUCAUUACGUAGAGGUCCCAUCCCUCUGAGUGUGUACCAGCGUCUUAAGAAGCUGGAGGAUCGCAUCCUGGAGCUAGAGGGUCUCUCUCCAGAGUACUUCCAGUCCGUGAACUACGUACACAAGCGAGCCAAACAGUCUGUUUCACAGGCCUACAGUCUGACUGAGUUGGACGGGAAGAUCAAUGCCGUGAAAAGCGCACUGCUCAAGAGAGUGAGCGAGUUCCGCCAUUCUGAAACAGUAGACUUCUCAUUCUGACCUCAUCUCUUACCCAGGACCAAGGUCACAGAAGAAAAACCUUUCAUGUCAUAGCAGCCAUUGUCACCUUCCUCCACUCUACUCAUCCCCCGCCCACAGCUUCCCUCCAGCCAUUAGACAUUCUGCACAGAUUACUGGCGUAUGUAGAGCUGUUAAAUGGCUGCCGCGGCCCGCCACUGACCUCCGCUUUAUAUGUGUCAGAAUGAAUGUAUGACCAUUUUGCAUACAGUGUUAAUGGAUGAUUUUUUAAAAUUAUUAUUAUUUCCUUGCAUUGGGAAAAUCAAGCUGUGUCAUAUUAUUGUCAUGCCACCGUAAAGUCUUGGUCUCUUUGUAAAUAAACUUUCAUGUUAUAUACAACACUAAA